UACAACAGCGGAGAUUGACGUGGAGGACGCGUCAAAUUAAUUCCAGCAGACUCCGGACUCCUCGGGAUAACUCCAAUUUGCAUUUAUCGGAUGACGAUCACUUUGGUGCCAUUGUGCGCUGCCGUCACUCGCUUCCAAAUAAUAAGAAGGGGAGCACGCUGCACGCGGACGAGGUUAAAGGACCUUUAUUUUCCGCUUCUGAGGGGGAUCGUUUCCUCUCCCGCUACUUGUUUUUCUUCGCUAACUUCGCAACAGGACGGGAUUUAAAGGAGGCAUCUUUAUUCUCCAGCAUCUUGAGGAUAAAUGGAGCAAACCUAUGGAGAGGUGAACCAACUAGGCGGCGUGUUCGUCAACGGGAGACCCCUGCCCAACGCCAUCCGGUUAAGGAUCGUGGAGCUGGCGCAGCUCGGCAUCAGACCCUGUGACAUAAGCCGGCAGCUGCGAGUCUCCCACGGCUGCGUGAGCAAGAUCCUGGCGAGGUACAACGAGACAGGCUCCAUCUUACCCGGUGCCAUCGGUGGGAGCAAGCCACGCGUCACGACGCCAAACGUGGUGAAAAACAUCAGGGAAUACAAACAGAGCGACCCCGGGAUCUUUGCCUGGGAGAUCAGAGACAGGCUUUUGGCUGACGGCGUUUGUGACAAAUACAACGUUCCGUCCGUCAGCUCCAUCAGCAGGAUUUUACGCAACAAGAUUGGAAACCUCUCCCAGCCUAACCAGUAUGAAAGCAGCAAGCAAGCCUCUGCGCAGACCGGGCUGCCCUACAACCACAUUUACCCGUACUCCUAUCCGAACACGUUGUCACCUACAAGCACGAAAAUGGGCAGCCCUCCUGGAGUUCCGGUGACGGCGGGACAUAUGAGCAUAGCCAGAGCUUGGCCUUCUCAACACACCGUCAGCAACAUUCUCGGACUAAGGGCUUUCAUGGAUCCAACAGCCAUUGCUGGGGCGGAUGGGUAUCCACCAAAGCUAGACGACUGGAGCAGCGUCAACAGAGCUUUCACGGCCCCUCACACAGCGAACGGGAUCGACAAGUCAGCCAUUGAUGCCGACAUAAAAUAUGCUCAGCCCUCUUCGACAUUGUCCAGUUACGUCCCAGCAUGCGCCUACUCCCCGAGCAACCAGUAUGGCGUGUACAGCGGCCCAGCGGGGGGCUACGUGGCCCCGGGUCACCACCACUGGCAGACCCAGAGCCAAGCCCUGUCCCACGCUGGCAGCGGGAUGGGCAUGCACGCAGGGGACAUCCACUCAGCCAUGACCUUCAAGCAUCAAACCCGAGAAGGAGACCGAAAACCGCCAUGCAGCCCUCUGAGCAAGCAGCAGCAUGAAGACUUGAACGGUGUGCACGGACUGAGUCUCGCUACCUCAUCCUCUUAACCGGACCAUAUCACACCGUAGACACGUUUAGCAGAACUCAUUCCAGCAGCUCCAACAGUAAGUGCGCUCACACGGAAGUCAGCUCCAAAUGUCUCUAAGGCCAUCUGAAUGUAAAAGCUGGUUACCUGGUUGCUGUUUUUUUAAAUGUUCUAGACUGUAUCUUUACCAAAAGCUGCGAGGUUUAAAAUAAAUUUCUUAAAAAAUGUAAAUCCGCUCAAUGUUUUAUUUUGAAAUUCGCCCCUUUCCCCACCUAUUUUGUUGCCAUGUUCUGGUGAUUCUGCGAGGACUUGAUGCGAACAAAAGUUAUAAAUUGUCUAAAUGUAAAAACUAUAUAUUAUAUGGCAAAAGCUUGAAUUAUAUAUUUUUAUAAUUUCAUUGUAAAUAUGAACAAAAUAAAGGCUGUGUUUGAUGCCACAUGCUGUUGUAGAGUCAUUCAUGCAAACAAAUGUGCUUACUGGGCAGUUAGUCGAAAAAAAAUGAAAAUGUGAAAAAUAUUUUUGUUUUAUGUGUUAAAUUGUGUUUAUUGCUUACAAUUGUGUCGUUUUUAAGUUGAAGCAUGUUCUAAAUGUGGAGUUAAACUUAUGUGGACUAUUUAGUGUAACUGUUUUCUCAGCCAUGGCGCGCUCCACUGGCUGGGCGCCUCUGCUGAUGCUAUCUGGCUCCUAAUUGAUCCCCGCCAUGAUGGAAAUCGGCGCACCUUAAUCACCAGGAGCGCGCAGGAGAGCAGCGCACCGCAUCCACACACACGCAGACUCAGGAAUACGUUAGAAACUCCGGGAUUUUCCCACACAGGCCCGCAUUCUGCCCGUCAGAUCCCGCUCUGUAAACUGUUUAUUCCGGCCUGUUUGAGCAACAACGAAAUGACUCCCCGCCGCUCUUAUCAGCAGGUCUCAGGGAAUAUUGGUCCCUCUGUUUCUAUAAUGCGCCUUUUCUCACUCAACAGGCUCAAUUUUAUAAACAGUUUUAAUGUAAACAGCAGGGCUAAUUAUU